CACUCGUUAUGUUUAUUCCAAUGCUCCCACAGCGCUACAAAACUUAUUUACGGCUGUUCAAUUAUUUAUUCCGUUUCCAGGUUUCUUAGCCGGGUGUGAAAAUCAAUAAACUUACUACAUACUUACAUAUCUAGUGUAAAGAUGGCGAAUAUUGCAAAACUGCUAGCUGGACGCGCUCAACAUGUGCUUCAACUGGCAGCAAAACAGCCUCAAUUGGCACCGCGUUUUUUUGCAUCAGCCAGCAACUUGGAAUACAUUCAACGUGAAGUGACUGGAGAAAAGAAGAAUGUCGCUGUCAUCACAUUGAAUCGCCCCAAAGCUCUGAAUGCACUGUGCGACGGUCUCAUGAAGGAGCUUAAUCAAGCGCUCAUUGACUACGCCAGUGAUCAAAAUAUUGCUGCCAUUGUGAUCACCGGCAGCGAGAAGGCAUUUGCCGCUGGCGCUGAUAUCAAGGAAAUGCAGUCCAUUACCUACUCUCAAUGUAUUAUGCAUAAUUUUUUGAGUGACUGGACCGGUGUCGCCCGCUGCCAGAAGCCUAUUAUUGCCGCUGUAAAUGGUUAUGCUUUGGGUGGUGGCUGUGAAUUGGCCAUGAUGUGUGAUAUUAUUUAUGCUGGCGAAAAGGCGAAAUUCGGUCAGCCUGAAAUUGCUCUGGGUACUAUUCCUGGCGCUGGUGGCACUCAGCGUUUGACACGCGUUGUUGGUAAAUCCAAGGCUAUGGAAAUGUGCCUGACUGGCAAUAUGAUCUCAGCUGCUGAGGCUGAGAAACGGGGUUUGGUAAGCAAGGUGUUGCCCGCCGAUCAGUUGGUAAAUGAAGCGAUUAAACUAGGCGAGAAGAUUGGCACACACUCAGGACUGAUUGUGCAACUAUGCAAGGAGGCAGUGAAUACAGCGUAUGAAACUACACUGCAGGAGGGUUUGAAGUUCGAACGCAGAACUUUCCACGCCUCAUUCUCAACUGAGGACCGCAAAGAAGGCAUGACUGCUUUCGUCGAGAAGCGUCCAGCAAACUUUAAAAAUAACUAAAGUGUUAAGCCAAAAGUAAUUCAUGCGGACUGAAAUUCGUUUGCCUGGAACUGCAUGCCAGAAAUUGCAUUUAUAUUACGUUUAUACCAGAAAAAUUUGUUUAAUACAAAAUGAUUUUAUGUUAACUCGAUUCUUCCUUUUCUGUAGAGAAAUUUCGUUAGGGCCGUUAACUUAUCUAUUUAAAAGUGUAGUUAACGCAUUAGUUAAUUUUAACUACGUAAAAUUCCCUAGAAAAUAUAGUCAAGUUUAACUAAUGAUUUAUAUAUACUUUAAAAUAGAUAAGUUAACGAACCUUAAUCUAAAGUAAUAAUUAAAUAUAUUUUGUUAAUGAUAUAUACUUAUAAAAUUUUAAUACAUACUUACAUAUUUUUGAAAA